AUGGAUCAAUCUCAGGAAGAGACCGUGCCGGACUACACCUUAUACAAACUGGAGCGCCACGCACGGCGAAAGUCCCAGCAAGAGAACGAAACAUGGUCUGAUGAAGCCAUGGUGAGGUGUAGUCAGGAGGAACCCUUGCAUCAUGAUAGUAUGAGAAGAUCCUCGAGCAUCUCAGGCUCAGAUGCGAGCCCGAACGCGCAGCGGCCCAAAGGUAUCUUAAAACCUCCAACCGUACGCUUCAAGGUCAGCGAGGAGGCCAAGGAUCACGAAGAAUUUAGCCCUCCUCUGUUCCCUCCCCCCCCACCACCACCUCUUCCCCCAAAUUCACGUGGAUUUGCGGGACCCAGACCGGUUCUGUAUGACACGAUGCAGCCACUUCCACCAGGGCCACCGCAAGGAUUAAAUCUCUUAGCUUCAGGACCUGAAGGCGCUCCUAGGAUCGACCCCGCUGCAUAUUCGCUAUACAUAAAGUUUUUCGACGAGCUGGACGAAUUCGUCUCCAUGCAAGGAAACGUGAUCAAGUCUCGUGUUCAGGUGCAAGAAAGAAGAACGAAGCUAAAACUCUGCCGAGAGAACGUCUCUAGGUGUGACAUCGAAUUCAUGGACUAUCUUCGGCAAUGUAGAGCGAAGGGGGCCAUGUUUGAUGAUCCAAAAUUGAAGAAGUUGUUCGAUGCGUCGCAAGCAGCGCGUGACGAAGUUGGUCCAGAGGAGGACGACUACGAAGGCCUAGAGAACAAGCUCGGAGCAGAGGAAUUUGCCUUGAAGGAGAAGUAUAAUGCUUUGGAAACCCGAUUCGAAAACUUCUUCAAGCUGCGGGCAACGUCGACCACCAAUCAAACGAUCCCUUCCACCAUUGAGUUCGAGCCAUCGUCAGCUGCGUCAGAAUCCGAAAGACGUCUAAGAGAAGAGGAGGAACCGAGGCAAUAUAGUCUGUUUCAGGGUGCCUUCGUCGGCGCCAAUGUCAAGAUUGGUCAGCUCCCUUUAGCGGGAUCUCCGGACGGUUUCGGUGAUGCCGUGCGAGGAAUGAAGUCAUUGGUUUCACCGGUAGAUAGAAUACCCCCUAGCGGCCCACAGAUGUCUUCCGACUCCCCCGAGGCCGGCAGACGGAACGCCAGCAUAUCAAGCAACGCUCCGGCCGAAGGGGAGCUUCAGUUCCCCCGAGAUCUUUUCGAUUCGGCACCGGAGACCGCAGAAGGGUUUGUUCCAGAAUCCGAAUCGACCGAGACAAGAAUGAAUUUCAGCCUUAGUGGUCUGGGGGAUCUCACUCCUAUUGCCGAAGACUACGAACGCCUUUUGGACGAUCUCGAUGUGGAGUAUUCAUUCGGCGAUGGAGAUAGCCUUUUACUUCUCGGCACCGAUAGCGAUACCCAGUCCACGCUGAGCGAUUACCUUAUUCAAUUCGAAAGCACCAGAAAUCGCGUGAAUAGGUGGCUUCUUCACAAGCUUCGAGUGUCACCACUUGAGGUUUUUGAGUUUCGCAGACAGGUAUUGGAAUCAUCGGAACGGAUUCCAGACUGGGCAAAUCUGGCUCUCCGCCUUUGGGAAGGGGAUAGCACGGAGAUUGAACCUCAGGAUGCGACUCAUUCAUUUCAAAAUGCUGCGGCUCCUUAUCCUAGUACCAAAGACCUUCCUAGGCGACACCGAUGGCGGAAAAAGGCACGACACUCUCCAGGCGCGAACAAAGCGACCCUGGCCGCUGUACAUGAUAGCGAUCAUGGUCUAAUUGCAUUUGAUCCUGCGACCCAGCGCUACGAAGCCAUAUGA